AUGUACGUCAAAGCUCUCGCUGCUACGCUCUUUGCGCUAUCUACCGUUACUGCGUCUGCGGCUCAACAGGAUAAUGUACCACGCGCCACGGAUCCUCAUCGCGACCCCAAAACAUACGGUUGCAAAACCCUUGGAGUUUUGGGUCCGCCAGAGUCAGAUACUGCAGAGACAGUUACUUGGAAACCAGUCCCCGCAGCGACUGGCGUGCCUGACCCUGCCGCGAAAUGGGGCGCUUGGAGCCUUCUCAUUACGUGCAGCCCAGGUAGCUGUAGCAUGAGCAUGAUAGCGGUUGUUGAUUGCGGGUCUUAUUCAUGCAGCAGCGUGAGCGACCCAACCUUCAAGACCCCUCAAAGCAGCUUCUACAAGGUGCCAUGCGGAGAGAACCCUGAUAUCACCAUUUCAUGGACCUACCUACCGUCGGAUGAUUCUGCCAUUCUUUCCAUCGAAAGAAAGGGAAAGGUGGCCAUGCUUGCCGUUGGAAACGUCUCCGGCAACCUAAUCAGCGGACCCCAGCUGAUCAAUCAGUGGAGGAGAUAUCCAGAUCCUGUGCCUACGCUUCCUUUUGGCGGCUCUUAGGGUCCCUCUCACAAAGCAGUAAAACGACAAGCGAGCGCGGGAGGAGGCUGCUCGGGGAAGCCACUGUAAGAAAGAACGAAGAAGGCGCG